AUGGGUCUCAACUACAUGAGCCUGCUCACUCCCAGCAAGGCUCCCUUUUACGGCAUCGUCCCAGGAAAUUCCUCUACACCAAUUGGAUCAGUUACCUUACCGGUCACCUUUGGUACAGAGAAAAACUUUCGGACGGAGCACAUCAAGUUCGAAGUAGCCGACUUCCAAUCUUCUUACCAUGCCAUCUUGGGAAGGCCAGCACUGGCCAAAUUCAUGGCCGUACUCCACUAUGUCUACUUACUCCUCAAGAUGUCAGGCAACACAGGGGAUCUCUCCUUACGUGGAAACUUGCUCAAAUCUUUUGAGUGUGACAAAGAGGCAAUCAUCCAAGCCUUCAGCAUCCGGAUGCCGAGCUCUGUGAGUGAGAUUCUAGUAGCUGCUAAGGAGCUAUCCCUCGACAACAAGGAUUUUGUCCCCUCUAAGAGGCCAAGCCAGUCCUCGGUCAAGCCGACCAGCGACGUGGGCACAAAGACAAUUCAAUUGCAAGAAGGAGAUGAGUCCAAGACUGCUAUCAUUUGCACUGGGCUAGGCGAUAAAUAG